GAGCAGCAGGAAUGCCUCAGCUCUCGGGGGGAGGCGGUGGCGGCGGCGGCGGGGGGGACCCGGAGCUGUGCGCCACCGAUGAGAUGAUCCCCUUCAAAGACGAAGGCGAUCCCCAGAAAGAAAAAAUCUUCGCGGAGAUUAGUCACCCAGAAGAGGAAGGGGACUUGGCCGACAUCAAAUCUUCCUUGGUCAAUGAAUCCGAGAUCAUCCCAGCCAGCAACGGGCAUGAGGUGGUUAGACAAGCACAAACUUCUCAGGAGGCAUACCAUGACAAAGCCAGAGAUCACCCUGAUGAAGCAGGAAAACAUCCAGAUGGAGGAUUAUACAACAAAGGCCCAUCUUACUCCGGUUAUUCUGGGUAUAUAAUGAUGCCAAAUAUGAAUAAUGACCCUUACAUGUCAAAUGGAUCUCUCUCUCCACCUAUCCCUAGAACAUCCAACAAAGUGCCCGUGGUGCAGCCCUCCCACGCAGUCCACCCUCUCACUCCACUCAUCACUUACAGCGACGAGCACUUUUCACCAGGAUCCCAUCCUUCCCACAUCCCAUCAGACGUCAACUCCAAACAAGGCAUGUCCAGACAUCCUCCAGCUCCUGAUAUCCCUACCUUUUAUCCCCUGUCUCCAAGUGGUGUAGGACAGAUUACCCCACCUCUUGGCUGGCAAGGUCAGCCUGUAUAUCCCAUCACGGGUGGAUUCAGGCAGCCCUACCCAUCCUCACUCUCAGUCGACACUUCCAUGUCCAGGUUUUCACAUCAUAUGAUCCCUGGCCCACCAGGUCCCCACACAACUGGAAUCCCUCAUCCAGCUAUUGUAACGCCUCAGGUCAAACAGGAACACCCUCAUACUGACAAUGAGCUAAUGCACGUGAAGCCUCAGCAUGAACAGAGAAAGGAGCAGGAGCCGAAAAGACCUCACAUUAAGAAACCUCUGAAUGCUUUUAUGUUAUACAUGAAAGAGAUGAGAGCGAAUGUUGUAGCUGAGUGUACUCUGAAAGAAAGUGCAGCCAUCAACCAGAUUCUAGGCAGAAGGUGGCAUGCCCUCUCCCGUGAAGAACAGGCUAAAUAUUAUGAAUUAGCUCGGAAGGAAAGGCAGUUACACAUGCAGCUCUACCCAGGCUGGUCUGCGAGAGACAAUUAUGGUAAGAAAAAGAAGAGGAAGAGAGAGAAACUACAGGAAUCCACAUCAGGUACAGGUCCAAGAAUGACAGCUGCCUACAUCUGAAGCAUGGUGGAAAAAGGAACUCAUUCCCGACGUGCAAAGCCAAGGCAGCAACCCCAGGGCCUCUUCUGGAGAUGGAAGCCUGUUGAAACCCCAAACAUCUCCUCGGUCUGAGCAGUUGACCCCAAAAGAGUCUUGAUGUCCACUUGACCCUGUGGUUACUGCUAGAGACAUUGAACCAUAAGGACAAUCACUGCCAAACCCCUCUUUGCUUCUACUGCAAGAACCCAGUCCUGAAAGAAAAGCAUAAGAAGAUUUUAAAACAUCAAGCCCCACAAAAUUGAAAUGCACAUGAGAAUGCUUGUAGGCUUUGGGUCAGUUGAGAAGCUUUUCUCCCUUCAUCUCUGCCUUGUACUUCCCAGAGUAUUUCGCAUCCAUGUCUGUACCUUUUGGCAAGCAAGGUAACCUGGCCAUGUCCGCCCGCCUGCUGCAACCACCUGGAGCCAACAGCCAGCCAGCACUCAAUCACCUGCCCAUCGCCCCAUGAGGAAUUUGUGGAAGACCUCUCUGUCUUUGUUUUUGUCUCCAUUGUUUUCUCUCUUCCUUCCUCCCAAACUUUUUAUUUAAUAACAGUGCAAAAGGAUCAAUUUUAUGUUUGCUUCUUUUUUUUAAACUUGAAUGCUUUUAUAUUUUUAACUUUUUAGUUUUAAUUUCCUUGGUGUAUAUUUUCCUAGCUAUAUGGUCUUUUAAAUAAAAUUCAAAGAUCUGGAAAAGUAAGAUUUAAAAAAAAAAACAAACUGAAAGAAGUCCAAGAGAAAUCUUGUCUGAAAAUGUGGCUUCUCUGUGACCGAUUUGUAACAAAUAGUGGCCUCCGUCUUUGUAAGGUGUCACAUAGAACUAAUUAAGUGUAACCACCAAGUCAACUUGUCAGUAGGCAUGUUGAUCCUGCUUCACUUUAGUCCUCUUUGUAAACCUAAGCAAUACAUCCCACAGAUUGGUUUGCAGUGAGUUUUCCCUUUCUUCUUUAUCUCUUACCCCUUCUUCUUGUAAAAAGCCCAGCACUUGAAUUGUUAUUACUUUAAAUGUUCUGUAUUUGUAUCUGUUUUUAUUAGCUGAUUAGUGGGAUUUUAUGCCAGUUGUUGAAAUGAGCAUUGCUGUACCCAUUUGAAAACAAAAAUCUGCAAGGUGUAGCCUUUGCCAAAAACUGUUAACUAAAGUUUUGUCAUUCCAGUUUGAGUUAAUGUGCUGAGCAUUUUUUUAAAGAAGCUUUGUAA